UUAUCUACGAAUGUACUGAAUAUUAUAAUAUAUAUAUAAGGAGUGCAGAUGCUAGCAGUUGACCCGUAUACUUAGUAAACAGGUUGCUAUCAGCUAUCACUUUUCGUUUACAGAUUUACUUCUUUAGAUUAGUCUUCAACGUAAUAUUUCGAUUUUUUUCUAUACCUUUCCCUUCUAGAAAGCAAGCUGCAAAAAGAGCUUAUUUUAACCUAACGUCGAAAACGACAAGAAUUCAAGUUGAACUAUGAUAGUCAUAACAAUAUAACGUUUUAAAAAACUAUGUGAUAACAUGUCUUGUGUCAGUGGUUUGCCGAAAAAUUUGAACAGCCAAAUCCCUUCAGUUAAUCAAAAACCAAAUGUUAUAAUUCCGCCUAAGUAUCAACCACCUCCAAGUCCUAAUCGCCAAUAUAAUGUUCAAUUGAAUGAUUACAACACAAGUAACUCUGAUAGGAGGCAUAAUGGUGAAAAGCCAUAUGUAAGCAAUACUGAAAAUCAAAGAUAUAGAACAUUAUCUGGAGAACAAUCAUCAGAUAUGUUAAAAUUUGUACGAAAACUUGACUCUGAAAACUCUAACAAAAUUUCCUCAGAACAAAUAAAUCAAUUGAUGAUUGAAAUUAAUAACCUCAAAGAUAUGAAUCAGCGACUAAACGAUGAAAACCAAGAACUUCGAGACUUAUGUUGUUUUUUAGAUGAUGACAGACAAAAAGGACGUAAGCUUGCUAGAGAGUGGCAGCGUUUUGGUAGAUAUACUGCAUCUGUGAUGAGACAAGAAGUUGCAGCUUAUCAAGUUAAAUUAAGACAUCUUGAAGCCAAACAACAACAUCUUAUUGAGGAUAAUAUGGAACUUAAAGAACUAUGUUUAUAUUUGGAUGAAGAACGCUCUGGUCCUAAUCAAAUGAGAUAUAAUGCAACAUGUAGAAUUUGUGGUAAUUCUAUAGUUUCUGGAAAUGUUACAGAAGAAUUGCAUAGAAGAGAUGAGGGGGAUGGUAGUAGCUCCUCUACAAAUGCUGAUGAAAAUUUAAUUGCUGCUAAUCAAAUUUCUUUACAGCGUCAGAUGCAACAAUCAAAUGAUGAAAACACACAACUUGAUCAAAGAUCACUAAGCUAUAUACGACAAUUAGAAGCUAAAAUUAAGGAAUUAGAAGAAAAAAAUAAUUUGUCAAAGAAAUUGAACCAGGAUGAAAAAAAUAAUGAUAAAAAACAGAACAAUUGGAAUUUAGAAAAUUCAUUUCAGAUGACACAUCCGGAAUCAGUAAUGACAGCCUUGCAAGUUUUAGAAUUACGUGAACAAUUGGAGGGAAAAGGAGAAGAUAAUAACAAUGGUAUAGAUAUGGAAGAUGAAGAAAAAGCAUUACUAAGAGAAAUGUGCAAUGUGGUUUGGCGAAAACUAGAAGAUAAUCAAUAAUUAUUUUUUGCUCAAUUGCCCAUUAUUGCAUAAAUUGUUUUAAAUUUUUCUACUUAAUUUAUUUAUUUAAAAUGUAUAUUAUUUUUUAAUAAAAUAAUUAAUUACAUAAAUAAGUUAAUUUUAUUGUUGUAAUCUUAAGAAAAAAAUUAUUUUUAAUUUGUUUUAUGUCAGUAAUCUGUAAAAUAUUCAGUUUUAACAUUAACUUAUUUUUUUAUUAAGUUUUAUUAAAAAUAAUAAUUGACCUAUGCAUUAUUGCUUUAAAAUUUUUUAUUUAGAUUUUAUAAUUUUUAUUUAUUAUUAGUUGAAAAUUUUAUAAUAAUUAUUUGAUAAUUAAAUUAUUAUGAUUUUGUUAAAUUAACAUUAAAUUUGUUUUAAAUUAGUAUUCUUUAGUUUUUUAAUGAAAAAUCUGAAAAACAAUUUUAUAAGAUAAAUUGAGUCAUGGCAUCUAAUUGACUUUACUUUAAUUUAAAGACUAUUAUAAGAAUUAUAUAAUUAUUUAAUAUUGAAUAAGACAUAGAAGUAUUUUUUACAAUAUUUUACUUUUAUAGAUUUAAGUGUUGGUUUUAGAUUAAAAAUGAACGAUUAGGUAUUUUUUUGAAUAUCUAUUUUUUACUGUUUUUUUAUUCCCAAAAAUAAUUUGAGUCAAAUUUUUUUAAGGUUACUGAUAUAAUUAGUGUUUAUAUAAGGGUAUACUAUAGUGACCCUAUACUAGGUUUCACACUUUAAAUGGCUCUGCAAAUUAAGAAAAUAAAUAAAAAAGGUGUUUUUUUAAUGAAAAAAAAUGUAAAAGGCUGUUUUUAAGAGACUCCUAGAUAUCUAACAUAAGUUAUAUUGAUAAUAAGUAAGUUUUUUAAAAAUAUUGAUGUAUUAUGCAUUAUGUCAUAUGUUAUCUUUUAAUCAGUCUCUAGUAUUAAAAUAUCAAUUUUCAACUUUUUAGGUGCUGAAUCUCAAUAUUUGAUCAUUAUGACACAUUAAUGUUUAUAAAUAGUAUAUAUUGAUGAACAUAAUGAUAAUAAUUUCAUAUGAUGAUAAUUUUUUAUUUUACUGUUAUGUAAAAUUACACUUUUAAUUGAAUUUGACAAACAUUUAUAUUUUAUGAUAAAUAUCUUUAUUUAUUAUUAUAGAUCAAUACUAAGUUAUAAUAAUUUUGUAAAAAUAAGUUUUUUAAAAAUAUGACUCAAUCUCUAUUAUCACAUAUGUGUAGUCUGUUUAUAAUAAAUAAUUUAGUAAGUUACAUAAAAAUUAAAAAAAGUAAAAUUUAUAAAACAUAUAAUUCAUUAAAAUAUAUAAAAAAAACAAUGUUAUCAA